CAUGACUCUAGGCGGGUAAUAUUUCCUGUCUGUAAUUCCGAACUAACCUUAUAGCCUGGCUAUAUCACUGGGAAAUUGUUGCUUUAGGUUUGAAGUGGGCGUUGAGAUUGUCUUGAAAAUCCUAACAGAUUUCUACGCAUGCGCAGCGAGAGAAACUCGGUAAGCUGUCAGACGGAUCGAACCAAACCCAAAGUCCAUAGGAGGAAAUGUUACGGUCACAACUCUCUGACUUUUGGAGGUGUUUUUUUUUUAACGGUAGUAAUACCUAAACGCGCGGUUCGAGUACUAGUGUGGACGGACGUUUGGGUUAGGCUUACGAGCCGAACAGUGACAAGUUGGACUUGAAAGUACUGUACUGGCACUGCACUGUCUAUACCAUCAACCAAGGCAAGGCAAGAGUGGCAAAUAAAACAUGCAUCUUUACUGAACCAGAGAGGUUGGAUGGUGUUCUGUGUGCAGGUGGUUGACAGUCGGAUUGACGGCUCCGUCACCAUGGGCAACCGGGGGAUGGAGGAGCUGAUCCCCCUGGUCAACAAGCUCCAGGACGCCUUUAGCACCAUCGGCCAGAGCUAUAACCUAGACCUGCCACAGAUUGCUGUCGUUGGCGGACAGAGCGCUGGAAAGAGCUCCGUCCUUGAGAACUUUGUCGGCAGGGACUUCCUGCCUCGAGGUUCAGGCAUCGUCACACGUAGACCCCUGGUCCUCCAGCUAGUUUCUGCCAGCACAGAGUAUGCAGAGUUUCUCCACUGCAGAGGGAAGCUGUUUUUAGACUUCCAGGAGGUUCGUCAGGAGAUCGAAGCAGAAACCACCAGACUCACUGGACCCAAUAAGGGGCUCUCUCCCGUGCCCAUCAACCUGCGAGUCUAUUCCCCUCACGUGUUGAACCUGACUCUGGUGGAUCUACCUGGCAUCACCAAGGUGCCCGUUGGUGACCAGCCUGCUGAUAUAGAGUACCAGGUCAGGGACAUGAUCAUGCAGUUCAUCUGCCGGGAGAACUGUCUGGUCCUGGCUGUGACCCCGGCUAACACGGACCUCGCCAACUCUGAUGCUCUCAAACUGGCCAAGGAUGUUGACCCUCAGGGCCAGCGGACCAUAGGAGUGAUCACCAAGUUGGACCUGAUGGAUGAGGGAACAGAUGCCCGGCACAUACUGGAGAACAGGUUACUGCCACUACGCAGAGGUUAUAUCGGCCUGGUGAAUCGCAGUCAGAAGGACAUUGAUGGGAAGAAGGGCAUUGAGGCAGCCCUGGCUGCAGAGAGGAGGUUUUUCUUAACUCACCCUGCCUACAGGCACAUGGCUGACAGGAUGGGCACUCCGCAUCUACAAAAAGUCCUUAACCAGCAACUGACCAAUCAUAUCCGCGACAGUCUGCCAGCGUUCCGCAGUCGUCUGCAGGGCCAGCUCCUAGCACUGGAUAAAGAGGUUGAGGACUACAAGCACUUUAAAGCCCAUGACCCUGAACGCAAAACCAAAGCCCUGCUACUUCUGAUUCAGAAGUUUUCUGCUGACUUUGAGAAGCAUAUUGAGGGUUCCGGACACCUGGUGGACACUGAGGAGCUGUCUGGAGGAGCCAGGAUUAACCGCAUCUUCCAUGAACGCUUCCCCUUCGAACUGGUCAAGAUGGAGUUUGACGAGAGGGAGUUGCGGAGAGAGAUCAGCUAUGCCAUUAGGAACAUCCAUGGUAUCAGGACAGGUUUGUUUACCCCAGACCAGGCGUUUGAGGCCAUAGUGAAGAAACAGAUAGUGAAGCUGAAGGGUCCCUGUGUUAAAUGUGUGGACAUGGUCAUCCAGGAGCUGAUCGCAACUGUGCGCCAAUGUACUGCUAUGUUGGGGUCCUUUCCAAGACUGCGAGAGGAAACGGAGAAAAUCGUGACCACACACAUCCGGGAGCGAGAGAGUCACGCAAAAGAGCAGGUUCUUCUACUGAUCGAUGUACAGGUGGCUUACAUCAACACCAACCAUGAGGACUUCAUUGGGUUCGCCAACGCACAGCAUAGGAGCACUCACACCAAUAAGAAGAGAUUGGCAGGAAACCAGGGUGUACAGUCUCCUCCGUCCAGUCUAAUAGUCAUUCGUAAAGGCUGGCUGACCAUCAACAACAUUAGCAUUAUGAAGGGCGGAGCCAAGGAGUACUGGUUCAUCCUGACUGCAGAGAGCCUGUCCUGGUUCAAGGACGACGAGGAGAAAGAGAAGAAGUACAUGCUACCAUUGGACAACCUGAAGCUGAGAGAUGUGGAGAAGAGCUUUAUGUCCAGUAAAUAUGCCUACGCCAUCUUCAACACCGAACAGAGAAAUGUUUAUAAAGACUACAAGUUCCUGGAGCUGGCGUGUGGCUGUCAGGAGGAGCUAGACAGCUGGAAGGCUUCUCUGCUGAGGGCUGGAGUCUACCCUGAGAAAGUCACUGUGGAUGGUGAGUGUGGUGGUUCUAGUGAUAGUUUCACUAUGGACCCUCAGUUGGAGCGUCAGGUGGAGACCAUCAGGAACCUGGUGGACUCUUACAUGGACAUUGUUUACAGAGCCAUCCGAGACCUCCUGCCAAAGACCCUCAUGCACCUAAUAAUCAACAACGUGAAGGAAUAUGUGGGUAGUGAUCUCCUCGUCCAGAUUUACUCUCUUACUGAGAAGUCUGUGUUGAUGGAUGAGUCUCCAGAGCAGGAGCGGAGGAGAGAGGAGGUGCUGAGGACACAUUCUGCCCUGAAGGAGGCGCUGGCCAUCAUAGGAGAUAUCUCUACCUCUACCUGUUCCACUCCUUUACCACCUCCUGUUGAUUCCUCCUGGCUGCAUGGAGCCACCAGGACCAGCCGCAGAGCCAUGCCCUCUACCAGAGGCUCCGCCCCCUCUGCCCCACCUGUCCCCAACCGCCAAGCACCCCAUGGACCAAUCAGAAACAAUGCUGAUACCUCCCAGUCUCCACCCAUCCGAUUCAGCAGACCCCCCCCUAAUGUACCCAGAAGGCUACCACCAGCUGUCCCCACAAAAUCCUUGCAUUGACCCCUCCCAUCAACACAAGCCUGCCUCUGAUAGGACAACUCCAUUCUGUACACCCUGUCAAUCAGAUUUUAUAUUUUACUCUUUUAAAGAUGCCAUUUUAACUUAUUUACCCCCAAACUGUAAAGAUAUGCCUAUCCAACGCAACCCUGGCACACUUGUAUCCCAUCAUCCCCAUAUACUUGCAUAGAUCAGACAUUUUGGGAUAGGUGUUAAUAAUGUGGUGGUCAUUUCGACGAGUCAGAAAAUGCAAGUCUGAUCUGUACUUUCUACCCAUUCCAUUCUGGAGGUGAAGGUCCAUUUUAAAGUUGAGUGUGCAGCAAGAUUUUUGCUGGAGAUAUACAGAGUGUCAAUGAGUUGUCUAACUUGUAAUGCAACCAGUGUGCAGGCUGGCUUCCUGUCUCCUCACCCCCUGUUCUCCUUUCCUUUCUCUCAACCCCCACCCCCCAAUAUCUGGGGAAUCUCCUCAAACCUGGCUGCUGUGAAUGCCAAGGUGGCCUUCUGACUAUUUGUACAUAUGGUAAUCUCUACAAUUGUUGGAAUGUCUGUUUGUACUACCAGCUUCGUGUAAAUAUAAAAUUGUGUGUAAAUACACAAACAAUAUUCACUGUUUCUAUGGUUUAAAUAAACAGGUUUAGCAUUUUCUA